GAAUUCAACCUCCCAUCACCAACUUUCGACACCCACCACCGCAUCAACAACACAUCUGACAUUCCUCCAUCUACCUCAAUCGUGCUAAUACAUAUCCCGCGACCACCAUUCCCCCGUCGAGCCCUCUCAAAAUGGCCGACUACUCGCAAAUGAAGGUCCCCGACCUCAAGAAGAUUCUCCAGGAGCGCGGCCUCGUGGUCUCUGGAAACAAGGCCGACCUCAUCGCAAGAUUGCAGGAAGAUGAUAAGAAGGCCGGUGGCGCUGCAGCUGGCGCUGGCGAAGACGAGAUUGACUGGGACGAGGAUGACAACAAGGCAACUGCACCCGCGACCGCGACCACGGAACCUGCUGCUGCUGCCGUGGCGGCCGGUGGUCAAGGGCCCGUUGAUACUCCCAUCGCUGUUCCGAACCAGAAAGUAGAUGUCGAUCCCAGCACAACUACAGAUUUGAAGGUUAGCGGAGGGGAAGAUGCGCCAACAGCUACGGACGGCGCUGUCGCAUCAGCAGGUACUACGACGACCGAACCGGCUCCCGCUCCUGUGGAAGAGGCGCCCAAGCAAGAUUUCAGCAUUGGCUUGGAGAAGAGUGAUGCUCAGAAGGAGGCAGAGAAGCGGGCAGCUCGAGCCAAGCGAUUCAACAUCCCCGAGAACGAAGAAGCGAAGAAGUUGGCGGAGAGAGCAAAGAAGUUCGGUCUGGAUGGCAAGGAUACCGUCAUCAGUGGUCUGGACUCUGCCCUUCCGGAACGAAGACAGAAGCGGGCCAGAGAAGAGAAGAAUGGUGGUAAUGGUGGUGGAGGAAGAGCAGCCAAGAGACAGACCCCCGAUCGAAGAUCAGAUCCCAAACCCAAGGGUAGCGCGCCGUCGUCAAAGAAGGAAUCUUUCGGAAAGAUCACCGAUGAUCCGGUCGAGAAGGCCAAGGCAGAGGCGCGAGCAAAGAGAUUUGGUAAGCCCGCCGUCGAGGCUACUCCUGCUGCUACGGCGACAACAACAAGCUAGGAUGGAUCACAAACGAAUAAUCUACAGUACGACGACAUUAGGUCUCACAUCUUCCUUGAUAUGGGGAAUUUCCCGCCUCUCCCGUUGUACACUACACUAGGUCCACCAAAAUUUGACACCACCAGUCUGGCAGCGAUCACUCUAGGUUCAUGGCGUUCUCGGAGAAAUGAAAACAAAAAAAUGAAUGACAGACAAGAAAAGAGGCUUCUUAUUUU